CAGCCUCUAAUCACGUUGCGUUCUUCUCAACAGAAUGAUUACAGAUCUCAAGCAUAUCGUCAGUUUAACUUUGUUAAGUCUGAUUGUAUUGACUGGUAAUGUGGUUUCAUACAGAUGUUUCUGUCCAUUAAGAGGAUCCAAAUGCUAUGGAGAGCUGGGCUGCCUGGACCUUAGCCCUGAAUGGUACAAUCCCAGGCUGAGACCUCUAAAUCUCUUUCCACUAGCAAGGGAAAUCAUUGACACCAGGUUUAUACUGUAUACCAGGAACAACACACUUGAAGGACAGAUUUUGAGGGCUGGACAAGAUAAUGAUAUUUUAAAGACUAAUUUUGAUGCAAAAAAAGAAAGCAAACUUAUAAUUCAUGGCUUUGUGGACAACACCAGAUUAAGUAGCUGGCUGAAGGAAAUGCGAUUGGAGCUCCUAAAAUAUGGAGAUAUGAAUGUUUUUGAGGUAGAUUGGGACAAAGGUUCACUGCCACCUUAUACUCAAGCCACAGCCAACACACGUUUAGUGGGACUGGAAAUUGCUUUCUUCAUUAACCAUCUUAAGGACAAGUACGGCUUGGACCCUGCAGACAUUCACCUCAUCGGACACAGUUUGGGUGCUCACACUGCCGGCUACGCAGGGCAGAACAUUGUCGGUCUGGGGCGAAUCACAGGUCUCGACCCAGCUGGGCCUUACUUCCAGGGCAUGCCUAGUAAUGUGAGGCUAGACCCCUCUGACGCAUCCUAUGUAGAAGUCAUCCACACUGAUGGUUCUACUCUUGGCUAUGGUAUGAGUGAUCCGUGUGGUCAUGUAGAUUUCUACCCCAACAACGGGCGUGACCAGCCUGGUUGUGAUGUUUCUCAGACUCUAACACCUCUGGCCUUAAUCAGGGAAAACACAGAAGAAGCAGCAAGAGUAGCUGUUGCAUGCAACCAUAACAGAGCUAUACGACUUUUUAUUGAGUCAAUAAAUGGAGAGUGUCCAUAUAUUGGACACCCCUGUGCUACAUACCAAUCUUUCCUAAAGGGAGAAUGUUUCUCUUCUAGAGGUGUCGGAGCAGCUGUAAUGGGACUCAAAUCUCUAAAAGGAAAUGGUUUACCUGGAAGUAAAUACUUCUUUAUGACCAGUGAUAAAGCACCCUACUGCAGAUACCACUACAGAGUAACACUCGGUUUCGCAAAACCUUCCAAAGCUGAACAAACCAUUGAGGGGCAAAUCAAAAUUACCUUACAUGGUGAAAAAACUGCAAGAGAAUGUGACCUGACACCGAGCCGACCCCAGAAGUUUGUCCAUGGGACUUUACAUAAGUUCCUCAACACAGACACUGUAGACACUGGUCCAGUCCACAAGGCUGAUGUUCGCUGGAGAAGAAACUCCAAUGUGCUGUCACCAACAUCUCUGUUCAACUGUGCACUGUCCUGCAAUGACCAUCUGUACGUACGGAACGUCACAGUGGAUGUCACCAGCUCUACAUUAGCUAGAGGAGAUGACCUGAGCAAGUCACUGUACCCCAUGGGGGUUGAAUAUGGAGACAUUUCUUCAAGUGGUGCUGUUACGUUUGUUGACCAAUGUACCUUGUGAAAAGAAAUAGAUGCAAAAAAGUCUUCUGCAAAAAUGUAA